GGCACGGACACCCUGGACGGACUGCCAUUCCAUCGCAGGGCACAAUCACACACAUUCAUACACUAUGGACAAUGUCAAUCAGGCAUGUCUUUGAACUGGGGGAGGAAACCGGAGAACCCGGAGUAAACCCCUGAAGCAUGGUGAGAACAUACAACUCCACACACACAGAGCGGAGGAGGGAAUCAAACCCAACCCUGGAGGUGCGAGAACACAGUGCUGACCACUAAGCCCUCUCAUGGUGUGAUCCAGACUGGGAAACUAUUGCACCAAUCUGGCAACCCUUGGCGCACAGCAUCUCGCGCGUGGCCCGUGAGCGCGCCUCAUCCCGGGAUACCAGUGCACUUCCGACAACGCCACUGGAAGAGCAUCCUUCGGUGGUUAUUAUUAUUUUAUUGUUUUAUUUUAUUUUAUUUUUUUACAGCUUUGUUACUGUCAGAGCUUUUCACAUUUGAGUUAUUCCUGUGGGUUCCUCCUGCUGAGGUGAAUGUGGCGUCCGGCUGUGGUUUGUGUGGCGCUCGCGGCGUGGGCGUGCGGAUUCCCAGCGCCUGCAUCAUGCAGCGUUUAUUUCAAUUCCAGACCCGUGAUCGGUGUUUUAGCCCAAGAGAACUUGGAAAGUGACCAUCAUGCCAAAGGAUCCUCCUAUAUAGCUGCUUCCUAUGUGAAGUAUUUGGAGUCGGCUGGUGCCAGGGUUGUGCCCAUAAGGAUAAAUGAGACAGAAGAGGAAUAUAGCAAACUUUUCUACUCAAUAAAUGGGUUGUUGCUGCCAGGUGGAGAUGUGGAUCUUCAGAAGUCCCAGUUUAGUAGAGUGGCCAAGAUUUUCUAUGAACUAGCAAUCAAGGCCAACGAUGCCUCUGAUUAUUUUCCAAUAUGGGGAACUUGUCAAGGCUUCCAACAGCUGACUGUUCUGACCAGCAACAAGAAUAUGCUGACAUUAACCAACACUAAAGCCGUGGCCCUUCCGCUCACCUUUGCUCCAGGAGCACAGAACAGCAGGCUGUUCAAAAGCUUCCCAAAGGACCUCCUUCACUCACUUUCAUCUGAGAACAUCACAUCUAACUUCCACAGCUGGAGCAUGUCUAUACAGAAUUUUACCCGCAACGCCAAACUCAAGCGAUUCUACAAAGUCCUGACCACAAAUACAGAUGGCAGGAAGGAGUUCAUUUCUACCAUGGAAGCUUACCGAUACCCGUUCUAUGCCGUUCAGUGGCACCCCGAGAAAAGCCCAUUUGAGUGGAUAGACAAGCCAGGCAUGAUCCACUCCAUCUCAGCCAUUAGAGCCUCCUUCUACACGGCAAGCUUCUUCGUCUCUGAAGCUAUGAAAAGCCAGCACCGCUUUCCCACACCGAGCGAUGAGGAGAAGGCUCUUAUUUACAACUACAUUCCUGUUUUCAAAGGGUUGGACAGCAUCUUCAUUCAGAAUUACUACUUUGAUUAGACCUGUUCCUAUUACAUGGCAAUAUUAAUGUCAGUAAAGUCCAAGCUGGUAUUUGCUUUCUCUGAUGUUUUGUUGUCAGAGCAGCAGCAUGUUCACUGUAGUCAACACUGAAUCAUUAUGUUUAAUUUGAUCCUCUUUGUGCCAUUUUAUUGUGAAUCUUUUAACAGAAACUGCCAAUCUACAAUGCUUGAAUGUUUUUGCGAUCUCUUGUGCACUUUUUUUAUUCCUUGCUUCUUGCUUGUUUUAGUGAUUUAGAGCAGGUGAUUGUUGCAUGUUUAAGAUAAACCUCGUUGAAUGUAGCAGUGCUGUCCGAUGUGAGUAGCUCAGCAACACUGUAUUAGUACUGAGGUUGUUUAUCCUGUAGACUCUUGUGAUCAAGACAAUCUUAUCGGAAAUCUUGCUUUUAUUCUCGCCUUGACUGCUCUUGUUAUUUCGUCAUUUAAUCAGCAGGAUUCAUUGUACAUUUUACAACACACUGCAGAAUAAACCACAGCAUGAAAA